GCCAUUUCGAACUUUUACUGUUUUUAUCGCUUUGGAUGACGAAACAUGCAGCUUGUGGUUCCAGUUAACACAUAUCAAAGCAAAUCUCUCUCUCCUCUCUCUCUCUCUCCCCUUGUAACAAAAAUGGCGGUUUCUCUCUCUUCUUCAUCUUCUUUUCUGUGUUUCUCGAGCCUUCUCCAAAACCCGAAUUCCUCUGCAUCAAAGCUACAACCUUUGGUCAGUUAUAGAGGUCCUUCUGGCCUCCAGUUCCAUGCCGCAUUCCUUGGUUACAGAGGAAGCAGGAGACAAAUUGGGGUUCGAGAAUUGUGUCGAAAUGGUAGGAGAAGCUUCAUUUGCAGAGCCUCUAGCCUUCCUGAAGCUCUCCUCUUUGACUGCGACGGUGUGCUAGUUGACACAGAGAAAGAUGGUCACCGAAUUUCCUUUAAUGAAACUUUCCAGGAGAGGGGAUUGGGAGUAAGUUGGGAUGUUGAAUUAUAUGGUGAAUUGCUCAAGAUUGGAGGUGGAAAAGAAAGAAUGACAGCAUAUUUCAACAAGAAUGGAUGGCCUGAAAAUGCUCCCAAGUCAGAGGAAGAAAGGAAAGAAUUCAUUGCGUCUCUUCACAAAAGGAAGACCAAGCUAUUCAUGGCGCUUAUCGAGAAGAAACUGCUUCCUCUCAGACCAGGUGUAGCAAGGUUGAUAGAUGAGGCCCUAGAGAAAGGAGUCAAAGUCGCUGUUUGCAGCACGUCUAAUGAAAAGGCGGUCUCUGCUAUUGUUUCUUGCUUGUUGGGCCCUAAGAGAGCAGAGGUGAUUUCAAUUUUUGCAGGAGAUGUGGUUCCUCGGAAAAAGCCAGACCCAGCCAUUUACUUGCUAGCAGCGAGCACGUUGGGAGUUCAGCCAUCAAGGUGUGUUGUGGUAGAGGAUAGUGCCAUUGGCCUUGCAGCUGCAAAGGCAGCUGGAAUGAAAUGCAUAGUUACAAAGAGUGGGUACACAGCGGAGGAAGACUUUUUAUCUGCAGAUGCAGUGUUCGAUUGUAUCGGAGAUCCUCCUGAGAAGCGCUUUGACAUUGGUUUCUGUGCAGAGCUUCUAGAGAAGCAGUUCGUAAGUUAGAGAGAGAGAGAGAGCCCAUUGCCUUUUUUUUUUUUUAAAUCAUAGCCAUAUUUACAAAUUUAGAUCUACUGUAAAAGAUGGGUCAUUUAGAUCUACUUUAAAAGAUGUGUCCUUUAAUAGAAUGAUUUAUUGGUGGUUCUCAGUGAUAAGCAUACUUAGCAAUCUUCUCUUGUGAAUGUGGAACCGUGAACUUCGUGGAAUUGCCUCCUCUUGUUUUGACAGUAAUGAAAGUAUCCGAUUCAAUGUCUUUUU